CCUGCUGUGUAUGUUGCAUGGACUAGUGUACGUGCUCUUAAGGCCCACGACUAGGGAGGCCUGCCGAUGGUGCCGCAGAUCGGGCGCUCGGCAUCUCUCAUGUGGUAUGCUUACCUCGCCGUCUAUCGUGUAACACGCGUGGUACGGCGCUAGGAGUUAUUGCUCAGCGGGGUCGCCGCCACCUUCUCCUUUCAGCUUCCAGUGAACCCCUCGAUGGUCCGGAGCAUCGCCGUGCGAUGGCGAACCGCACCUGGGGACCGAGAGGGUCUCGAGACCCCGCUGUAUGACCGGUGCUCAGUUCGUCCAUGUUCUCGGGCCUAUCCGCGUGCCGCUUUGGCGUGUAGCAUCUGUGCUGCUGCCCGUCUACAAAACCCCCGCGGCUGCCGGUUCUGGGGGUCCUCUCCUCCGGCUUUCCACCAGCGGCUGCCCUUGCGCAUAUUGGUAUCUCCUAGCAGGUCGUUGCUCAGCGUCCGCCGCGGACUUGAUAUUUUGACUUCCAGACUAUUCGGGGCGUGCACGUCUCCUCUCCUUUCCGUGGGCCCCCUCUCCGGUCGUAUCUACUCGGCCCGCUCCGUUUGUCUCACCCUCCGCGGUGUGCGGCCUUCCAGUAAUGCGGCUCCUCAAAAUGGUGGCCGCCCUGGCAGCCAUGAGUGCCAGUCUUAUUGCUGCCUCUCCGACCUUCAAGCCAACAAGACCCCCGGCGGUCCCGCUCGCCGUGCGAUCGCCGUAUCUCAACGCCUGGCUUCAGGGUGACUCUGGGGACGUCCUUCCGGGCGCUUGGCCACGGCACUGGACGGGCGGUAUUCUGGGCUGGCAAGGGUUGGUCGCCGUUGAUGGAGUGACUUACAACUGGAUGGGGGGCGCGCCCGGCCCGGCACCCGUCAACCAGGUGUCACUCGAGUAUACCGCGACCCGGAGCAUCUUUACCUUUGACGUCGCCGGGAAAGUCACUAUGACUGUCACUUUCCUAUCCCCGGUUUAUCCCGACGACUUGGCGAGACAGUCCCAGCAAUUCUCGUAUGUUUCUGUCAAGACCAGGUCUUCUGACGGUCAACCACAUGCUGUCCAGGUCUACAUGGACGUCUCCGGGGAGUGGGCUAGUGGCGACACCUCCCAGAUCAUCCAGUGGGACACUGGCAGCACUGGCGAUAUCGCUUACCACAAGUUCUUCCGCCAGAACCAGCAGCAGUUCCAGGAAUCACAGGAGAUUGCCAGCUGGGGCAACUGGUAUUUGGCCACUCGUUCCAACAGCGGGAUGACCUGGCAGAUCGGCCAAGACACGACGCUGCGGGGCCAGUUUGCAAACAACAGGGUUCUUACCGACUCGAUGGAGUCAAACUUUAGGCCCGUGAACCAACAAUGGCCGGUAUUCGCGUUUUCCCACGACCUGGGUAACGUGACGGGGGAUGACGUGGAGAGAGUCUUCACCCUGGGCCUUGUCCAAGACCAAGUCAUCAACUUUGCUGGCCAGAGUGGCAACUUGGCGCCGGUGCCAGGGCUGUGGUCGUCGUACUAUCAAGACGAAGUCUCGGCCGUUGCUGCCUUCUACAACGACUACGACCACGCCAGCGAGGUAUCCUCCGCCCUCGACCAACGGAUACAGUCGGACUCGGAGAAGGCAGCCGGACAGAACUACGCCACUAUCACGACGCUUGCCGUCCGCCAGACCUUUGGCGCGCUCCAAUACGCUGGUACUCCUUCAAAGCCGUACAUUUUCCUGAAGGAGAUCAGCUCGAAUAGCGACAUUCAAACCGUUGACGUCAUCUUCCCUGCGUAUCCAAUUUUUCUCUAUCUCAACGCAUCGAUUGCGAGGUACAUACUUGACCCGCUGUUUGAGAACCAGGAGAGCGGUGCCUAUCCGAACGCAUACGCCGAGCACGAUCUCGGAACUUUCCCAGUGGCCAAGGGAUAUCCACAAGGGAAUGACGAGGCCAUGCCGUUGGAGGAAUGUGGAAACAUGAUUAUUAUGACGCUGGCCUAUGCUCAGCGCACCGGAGACACGGCCUAUCUGUCGGCUCACUACGCAAAGCUGUCCCAAUGGGCCCAGUUCUUGGUGGAGGAGUCUCUUAUUCCCGCGAGCCAACUGAGCACAGAUGACUUUGCGGGGACUCUGGCCAACCAGACGAAUCUCGCCAUCAAGGGCAUCAUCGGGCUCAAGGCCAUGUCUCACAUCGCCCAGCUGACCAACAACGACGACCAGUUCGGGGCGAUUGCUGAUAACUACCUGAAGGGUUGGAAACAGCUGGGCAUCAACUCCCAGGCAAACCCGCCUCAUACGACGCUGAGCUACGGAAACGACGACAGCCAUGGGCUCCUCUACAAUAUCUACGCCGACAAGCUCCUCAACCUCAAUUUCGUGGACCAGUCUAUCUUCGACAUGCAGAGCAACUUUUACCCGACGGUGGCCAACCAGUACGGUGUGCCCCUCGACACCCGGCACACCUGGACCAAGUCAGACUGGGAGAUGUUUGUAGCGGCCGUCGCCAGCGAGCCCACGCGGAACAUGUUCAUAUCGAAGCUGGCCAACUGGAUCGGGACGACGUCGACCAACCGCGCCAUGACCGACCUCUACGAUUCGGUGACGGGCGGGUACCCGGAUGGCGGGCCGGUGUUCGUGGCCAGGCCGGUCAUGGGGGGGACGUUUGCUUUGCUGGCCCUGUCUCCCUAUUAAACAGCGCAUAUUGACGCGAGCUUUGCAUUGCAUUGGAGUUCCGUGCCCCGGAUGGAGGUCGAUUGUCGGUUGCACGCUGAGUCAGGAGCGUUAAGCAGUCCUU